CUGAUGACACAGCGACCCCAUACCGCCGCUCGCACGCCUCGCUCGCCGUUUAAACCCUCUGGAGGGCGAUAUACGCGUGGAGGAGAUGCAAGCCUGGCAGUGCAUUAGUGGUGACCCGGGCGGCGAGGGCCAGCCACCACACUGGCUAAAAUGUGGAGCAGCGCAGUUAUGGAGCUGUGAUCUCGCACACUCCCUCGAGUCUCUCGCCUCGCUCCCCCCCAUUUGGUAGCUGGGAUAGGCGUUGUGCCGGGGGCAGACAUGCUGUUGAAGUACCCGAGGGCUGCGAGGUGCUAUAAUAUGUGUGGCGCUGGGGGGUGAAAAUGGGGCGCGGUGACAACUUGACAAUAUUGUACCCUCCUGGUUGUAGAGAGGUAACAGAAGAUGUUGGUCCUGAUGAGCUUAUCCGCCGGCUUAAAACUUUGGCGCAUACAUUGCAGUCCAUGGGUCAAGAUGACGGUGCCUAUCAGGAAUAUGUACCACUGGCAAUGCACAUAGCAGAUGAUUUCUUUCUCUCUUAUCCGAGUCGGGAUGUGCAGCUGCUGAUAGCCUGCUGCAUCGCUGAUGUUUUGAGGGUUUAUGCCCCUGAAGCACCUUACAAGGAUCCUGCACAAGUGAAGACACUUUUCAUGUUCCUGAUAAAGCAGCUUGCAGGCCUCAAGGAUCCCAAAGAUCCAGCCUUCAAACGAUACUUCUACCUCUUGGAGAAUCUUGCCUAUGUCAAGUCCUUCAACAUGUGCUUUGAGCUGGAAGACUGCCAAGAGAUAUUCUGCAAACUCUUUAAAUUAAUGUUCAACAUUGUCAAUGACGAACACAGUGGAAAGGUAAAGUCAUUUAUGUUGGAUGUUCUUUGUCCACUCAUCAAUGAGAGCGAUGUUGUGUCAAAUGAUCUUCUGGACAUCAUACUGUCCAAUGUUCUUGAACCAGCCAAGUCCCAGCGGAAGAAUGCAUAUCACUUGGCCAAAGAAUUGGUGGUGAAGUGCUCUGAUACUCUUGAACCAUAUAUUCAAGCAUUCUUCAAUAAUGUGUUGAUAUUGGGUCGUGAGGAGAAGACGCUGACCAUAUCGCAGAAGGUAUACGAUCUCAUAUAUGAAUUGAAUCACAUCUGUCCUUCAGUCCUACUAUCUGUUUUACCACAGUUGGAGUUUAAAUUGAAGAGUUCUGAUGAAGAAGAGCGAUAUGGGUCGGUUUCCCUACUAGCACGCAUGUUUUCAGAAAAGGAUUCUACUCUGGCACUUAAUCACAGACAGCUGUGGACAGCUUUUCUAGGAAGAUUUAAUGAUAUCAGCAUAAAAAUCCGUACCAAGUGUGUCCAGUACUCUAUGCAUUUUUUAUUAAAUCAUCCGCUCCUGCGUAAAGACAUCACAGACACGUUGAAGCUUAGACAACAUGACUCAGAAGAGAGUGUGAGAUAUGAAGUUGUGAUGGCUAUUGUGACAACUGCAAAGAAAGACUUCAGCAUAGUGUCUGAUAGUGAAGAUCUACUAAAUUUUGUCAAAGAAAGAACUUUAGAUAAAAAGUUCAAAAUUCGUAAAGAAGCCAUGUGUGGUUUAGCCAUGAUUUACAAAAAACACCUCAAUAGCCCAGAUGUACCACCUGCCACGCGCCAUGCUGUAACGUGGAUCAAGGAUAAGAUUCUACACGGCUACUACAUGACCAGCAUGGAUGACAGAUUACUUGUGGAACGUCUCUUAAACACGUGUUUGGUGCCGUAUCAGCUGCCGCCUGAGGACCGCAUGAAGAAGCUCUUUUACCUGUAUGCCUCCAUUGAUGACAAUGCUACCAAAGCUUUCAUUGAACUUCAGAAACACCAGCUAGCUGUGAGAAAAAAUGUUGCCGAGCUUAUUGAACUUCAUCGGAAGUCUCAAGACGAGGAGCGAGACCGUGAGAUUGCUUACCGACUGGGCCACCUCACCAAAUUUCUUCCUGACCCUCUUAAAGUUCAGGAAUUCCUUAGAAAGUUUUCUCAGCACCUUAAUACAGAUUCACAACUUCUGUCUCUUAUGGAAACAGUUGUCAGUCAUGACGUGUCGUGCAAAGACAGUGUAGAUGCUGUGACACAGAUCCUUAAAAAACUAGGCCAACCAGUGAUGACCAACCUGUAUUAUAACACCAUUAAGAUGUUGCUGGAGCGUGUUUCUAGCGUAAUGGUGGACCAAACGGCACUGGAGGCCCUUAUAGGAUUGGUGGAGGGGGCACUAAACGCUGACCCGACUGUACUCGACACGCUUAAUCUAACUUCCGAUAUUGCCACAGAAAAAGGAUUAAAGUUAUUAUUUGUGUUGUCGUUCGUAUAUCCUGCUCACUUUCUGCACGUAGACAUCCUGACACGUCUCAUCUCUCUCCUUAAUGUGCCAAACUCCACCAUCUCCCCACCAGUCCUCUCUGUUCUCACCUACAUAGGCAAAUAUAAACCUAUUGGGGAACUGUACCCGGAUCUCGCAUCAGUACUCAUCCCAAUUUGCCAGCGUUUUGCAGAAUCGGGCACUGCAAAACAGGCUAAGCAUGCAGUACGUUGCCUUCACACGAACUGUACCUCGGAAUCAGAUGAAGUUUUUGAAAGAAUAUUAGAGAAAAUCAAAGAACAGCUGACUUUUGAUAGUACACACUUCAGAACAUCAGUUGUAUCCUUGGGACACAUAGCCUUCAACAUGCCUGAUAAAUUUCUCGUGCCAAUCAAAAACGUUGUAUCGAGAAAGGUUGUUAAGGAGUUGCUAAUGAGAAACCAAACAAGUGUACACACACCUGGGCCAGCGACUAGAGACGAUGUUGAGGAGUGGGUUGAAGAAGAGGAACUAACUGAAGAAACGGCUGUUAAAAUGGAGGGAAUCAAAAUGAUGGCACGGUGGCUACUAGGGCUCAAGUCUGAUGUGAUCUCGGCACAAAAGACUUUCCGUAUGCUUAAUGCCUUUAUCCUUCACAAGGGUGACCUGCUAGAAACUGGUAAAAUGCUGAGAGCAGAAAUGGCUCACCUGAGACUGUCUGCAGGGGCUGCCAUGCUGAAGAUCUGUGAGCAGAAGGGUGUUGGCGACCAGUUUACCUCAGAGCAGUUUUACAACUUGUCCCUUCUUAUGAAUGAUGAUUGCCCACAAGUUCGUGAAAGGUUUGCCAUUAAGCUUCACAAGGGUCUGGCUCGAGGGAUCCCACACAAGUGCCUGCCUCUUGAUUUCAUGGGGUUCUAUGCCUUGGCUGGUCUGGAAACUGACCGGCAGUUGAAAGUAGCAGUCAAGCAGUAUAUGUUGGCUGAUAUUACCAAGAGAAGAGAUUAUAUUAGAUCAAUCACCAUGUCAGGCGGAAGUGAAAAAGCAUCUAGUCAGCUGCCACACAUUAUGCCAGACUACAUGCUGGUGUUCGCUGUUCCUCUAUUGGCUCACCAACCUGACUUCAAGGAUCCUAACGACAUAACCCAGUUGACACGAAUACGCUCUUGUCUGUGGUAUAUUCUAGAACCUCUUAUGACGAAAAAUGAUGUGUAUUGCUUUGGAUUUUAUAAGGCUCUUAUUGAACAGAUGAAGAAUCACAAGGAUGCAGUAAAGCCAGAAGAUGAAAUAACUAAUCAGAAAUUGUGGGCAGUAUGUGAUUUGGCAAUGGGUCUAAUUUUAUCUAAAACAACGAGUUUUGAGAUGAAGGACUUCCCAUCUGACCCUCGGAUACCCCCUAUGUAUUUCAAGAAGCAUGAAGACCCCAACUUUGUUAAUGUAAAGUCCUACCUACCGACUGAGCUACAGGUGACAGCACCCAAGGGCUCCACCAAGGUAUUAACAGGAGUCGCAAAGAAAACUACAAACACCGUGAUGAUGGUAAAACCUGCGAUACAGAAUAAACAAAGGCCAGAUGACAGAGUAGAGGAUGAUGAUUCUAUGAUGGAUGAUGAUUCAAGCAAUAUCAACAAUACUCGAAAACGAGGUCGUGGUGGCUUUCACUUGGAGGAUGAAUUAGACACUGAUGACAGUACAACACUGAGCAGUGUGUUGCCACCGCCUACAGUUGCCUCUGCAUCUUCAACGGGACCAGCAAGCAAAAGAGGACGUAUUGGGGGAGCCAUCGAUGCCGCCUCCAAUAGGAUAUCUAGCUAUCUACAGAAAGAAACAAAUGGCAAGACGUGAGUAAUCAACCCAACAGAAAUCUAAAACAGUGUUAUGAGCAUGCAAAGGGUUGUAGUUGUGCUUACAGUACCCAAUUACAACAGACGGCAUCAUAUAUACGCUGGAAGCCUUGGUCGUGGCUUUCAGGUAUAAAUAGUGUCCAUACCAAAGUUUAGGUGUAUUUCCAGGCCAGGCCUAAAUGAGGAUAUAAUGAUCAGAGAUUGAGAGCAAACAUGUAACUCGUUAGAGAAUGGCAUUCUUAGAAGGUAGUCAGAGGGGUUGUAAAUAUGAAGACUUGAGUGAGAAGAUGGAAUAUAUGGAUUGUAUUUUUAUUUAUUGACUAGUUUUCUUCAAAUUUUGGAGAAGAAUGGUUCAAAGUCCCAUGUGAAAGAAAUGCAGAGUCAUUUAUAAGGUGUGUUUAGAUUAGUGUUCCUCAUAAUAAUGGAGCCUGGUUGGAUAUAUUGCCUUCGUGUACAUUCUAUAUCAAAUGGUCAAGAUAAAAAAAAAAAAAAGAGUACAUUGUGAAAAAUAUUGUGGUGUCUGGCAGUCGGUGAGCAGCUCCUUUGCAUCUGAUUAGUCGUUUAUAAUUAUUUUUUUUUCAUGAAAGAUACAUUUUUGUCAGGCUUCAGUUACUUGCCUUAUUUAAGCAUCAUAAAAGUAUGAAAAAUAAUUCUAUAAAAAUUCAAUUUCAUUGAAAUUUUCUUCUCAGGUAUUGCAGUACUGUAAUAAGUUACUUUUUUUAUUAUUAUUAUUUAUAUUAUUAAAAGUUAUGGAGACAACUGAAGGCUAGUCGGAAGAUAAAGAUUCACACUUUUUACAUAACAAUCAAGAUUACAUAUACCAAUGCUAUCCUUUACGUUAGCCUCACAGAUAAGAAUAAGACAUUAUUGUUUCCCUUUAGCUCAUUGUGGACAAGAACUAGUAAAUAAUUUUCUUGAAAUUUAGAGACUUAAUAUUUUGCUUACUAUUGCCUGGCAAAACACACAUAGGGGUUGCACACAGUUGAGUGGCAUGCUGUUUCUGGGAUAUUCACUGUACCAUUUUGAAAAAUUCUUAAUGACAGAAAACCAUGCAUUUAUAUAAUUUUUAUGUGUGUGUGUGUAUGUGUGAGAGAGAGAGAUUAGUACAAGUGUGCAUUGUUUGGGUAUAUUUGAAUGUAUCUUUGAAUACAAAGGUUUGUGGGUGGUGUUGCAUGCGUUGUGUGUGUGCUGUGCGCUUGCUUAGGAAGACUACUAAAGAUUGUAGUGGUCACUUUAUUUAGUUAUCUGAUUUAUUUUUAUAACACAUUAUUGUUCAAAUGGAUCAUGUAUCAAGAUGAAUAAUGGUGGUUAAAAGACAAAAGGCAAAUAAACCAAAUUUAUGCUGGAUGUGAAGGGUUGAAAAUAGUGUUUGGCAUUGGUGACGAGGAGUAUUAAUGUGUCAUUUUGUGGGGGAAAAAAAAAGAGGUACGCAGUAAUAGGCCGUGUAGCCUAUUAAGAACAUUUUCUUGGAGGUUAAAGCAUUAUUCUGUAUUCUGUUGUCUUGAACAAAUUGCAAUUUAUUCUGUUAAUUACAAUAUUUUAUUGUAA